ACCUAUAGUGAUCUCAUGGAUCUUUCCCAUUUGCAAGAAAACGAUACACUCGUUAUUUCAACUUGUACUAUAAUUCUAGUCAUCUAUUGUCUAUCAUUCUUCUAUAAAGCCACUUCUAGUCCACCUGAAGCUAGUGGUGCAUGGCCUAUAAUAGGCCACUUCAAAGUUUUUAAUGGUCCGGAUCUUCCCCAUGUAACCUUGGCAUCCUUGGCUGACCGAUAUGGACACAUGUUCAUGAUCCGGCUAGGCAUACGUAAAGUCUUGGUGGUGAGUGAUUGGGAGAUAGCCAAGGACUUGUUUACCACCCAUGACGUGAAUGUUUCCGACCGACCGCAAUACAUCGCUACAAAAAUUUUGGGGUUUGAUGGUGCGUCUUUUUCUUUCACACCUUAUAGUCCAUAUUGGCGUGGAAUACGUAAAAUCAUCUCCCAGGAGUUGUUGUCUACUAGUCAGCUCGAGAAGCUUAAGCCAGUUCGACUAGGCGAACUAGAAAGGGCGAUUAAAAACAUGCAUGAUAUCUGGAGGGAGAAGAGAGAUGGGCAGGGGAAAGUGUUGGUCGAAAUGAAGAAAUGGUUUGGUGAACUAAAUAUGAAUACGAUGCUUAAAGUGGUCGCUGGAAAACGAUACACUGGAGGAGGAGUAGACGGUGAAGAUGAGGAGGAGAUGAAGAGAUGUCGUGAAGUGAUAAGGGUGUGGUUUCAAUACUUGGGUCAAUAUGUGGUGGCUGACGCUCUUCCUUUUCUAGGUUGGUUGGAUUUGGGUGGACAUGAAAAUACAAUGAAACGAAUUGCCAAGGAACUAGAUUUGAUGGUUGGGAAGUGGUUAGAAGAGCAUCGCCAUAAAAGAUCUUCAAGCAACGCUACAGAGGCAGAAGACUUCAUGGAUGUGAUGAUCCGUGUGGUAGAAGAUGAUGAUGUAGCGGGUUACAAUGCAGAUACCAUCAUUAAAGCCACGGUUGAGUCUCUUAUUGCAGGUGGCGCAGAUACAACCACUGUCAUGUUAACAUGGACUCUAUCGUUACUACUAAACAAUUAUCAUGCUCUUAAAAAAGCUCAAGUAGAAUUAGAUAGACAUGUAGGAAAAAAUAGACAAGUAAAUGAAUCAGAUAUAAAAAAAUUAGUAUACCUUCAAGCUGUAGUAAAAGAAAGUAUGCGACUAUACCCGGCCGCAUUCCUAGGAGGACCAAGAGCCUUUACAAAAGAUUGUACCGUAGCUGGAUACCAUGUACCAAAAGGCACGUGGCUAUUAAUCAACAUAUGGAAGCUCCACCGUGAUCCAAAGAUAUGGUCAAACCCAUGCGAGUUUAGACCAGAGAGGUUCCUAACCCCCGACCAGAAGUGUUUAGAUGCAAGGUUGAUAGAAUUUGAGUUUCUCCCCUUCGGAGCUGGAAGACGGUGUUGUCCUGGAAUUACCUUCGCAUAUCAAAUGUUACAUAUGGUUUUAGCCACUUUGCUACAAAACUUUCAUAUUUCAACUCAAAAUAGUGCACCAGUUGAUAUGAGUGCGAUUAACGGACUGACGGACGCAAAGGCGACUCCGCUUGAAGUCCUAGUUUCCCCACGCUAGCAUGCACAAAUCAACAAUAAAUGCACGAGUCUGUUCACAAAUAUUUCCACUUGUUUAUCAUAUUGAUUUGUUAUUGUUCUAAUACUACGUAUAGAUAUAAUUGUUUACUAUUGUAAAACUACUAUUACAUGUAA